UUAAUAUAUGGUUUUUGAAUAGUAUGCAUGAGAGAUUAGACACUUAAAUCAGAUAGCGAGAUCUGUUUUUCUGGGUGAUAUGCAUAUAACGUUUGUUUAGUCGUCAAGUAGGCUCUUAUCUUAACCAAGACAGUGAUUUUGUCACUGAAUUAAUUGAUAGAUAGGCAAAUAAUAUAAAAAGUGAGGCAAAAAUGGCAGGUGGAGGAUUUUCUGAUGCUGGAACACUCAAGAGGGCUCAUCUUUACCAGUACAAGAUUACUGGAUAUUUCAUCUUUUCUUGCAUUGUUGGAGCUCUUGGUGGCGCUCUAUUUGGCUAUGAUCUUGGUGUUUCAGGUGGAGUUACCUCCAUGGAUGAUUUCCUCAUACAAUUCUUCCCAAAGGUGUAUGAAAAGAAGCAUGCACAUCUUGCGGAGACAGAUUAUUGUAAAUAUGAUGAUCAGAUAUUGACACUCUUUACUUCAUCUCUAUACUUUGCUGCCCUUGUGUCCACGUUUGGUGCUUCCAGUGUAACAAAAACCAAAGGCAGAAAAGCUAGCAUCUUAGCUGGUUCCGUAAGCUUCUUUAUAGGAGCUAUUCUGAAUGCAGCUGCCAAGAGCAUUACAAUGUUGAUCCUUGGGCGUAUCCUUCUUGGUGUUGGCAUUGGAUUUGGUAACCAAGCUGUUCCUCUCUAUCUUUCAGAAAUGGCACCUGCAAAAGUGAGAGGAGCAGUGAACCAACUCUUUCAGUUAACAACAUGCUUGGGAAUUCUGAUUGCCAACCUUGUGAAUUAUGGCACCGAGAAGAUUCAUCCUUGGGGGUGGAGGUUAUCCCUUGGUUUAGCUACAGUUCCAGCAGUUUUUAUGUUCAUUGGAGGCUGUUUGUGUCCUGAAACACCCAACAGCCUUGUGGAACAAGGCAGAUUCGACGAAGGACGAGCGGUGUUGGAGAAGGUUAGGGGCACUCCAAAUGUUGAUGCUGAAUUUGAUGAUCUUAUUGAGGCAAGCAGAGAAGCAAAAUCCAUCAAGAAUCCAUUCCAGAACCUUCUUUUGAGGAAAAACAGACCACAGGUGAUAAUUGGUGCCUUUGCUAUUCCAGCAUUCCAACAGUUAACUGGCAACAACUCCAUCCUCUUCUAUGCUCCUGUUAUCUUCCAAACUUUGGGAUUUGGAUCUGGGGCAUCUCUGUAUUCAUCGGUUAUUACAAGUGUAGCACUUGUUGUUGCCACACUCAUCUCAAUGGCUUUUGUAGACAAGUUUGGCAGGAGAGCUUUCUUUUUGGAAGCCGGUGCUGAAAUGAUAAUCUGCUUGGUUGCUAUGGCUAUAGUUUUGUCUGUUGAAUUUGGAAAAGGCAAAGAACUGUCAUAUGGUGUUAGUAUAUUUUUGGUUAUAGUGAUUUUCCUAUUCGUCUUGGCAUAUGGAAGAUCUUGGGGUCCCUUGGGAUGGUUGGUUCCUAGUGAGCUCUUCCCACUAGAGAUAAGGUCAGCAGCACAAAGUGUUGUGGUGUGUGUCAACAUGAUCUUCACUGCUCUUGUGGCACAAUUCUUCCUUGUAUCACUUUGCCACCUCAAAUAUGGAAUCUUCUUGCUGUUUGCAGCCUUAAUUGUCCUUAUGAGCUGCUUUGUUUUCUUCCUCUUGCCAGAAACCAAGCAAGUCCCAAUUGAGGAGAUUUAUCUUCUGUUUGAGAAUCAUUGGUUUUGGAAGAGAGUAGUAGGAGAAGGGAAAAACACAUCUGGGUCAUCAUCAAAUGUAUGAAGCAAAAUCUCAAAUGUUGUUCAUUGCUAGGACAGGAACAUUAAAUUAAUGUAGGAAAAUAAUAGGUGGACACCUAACAUCUAGACCACACUUAGAGAGAGAAAGGAAGAGAAGAAAUUGGUGUAUAAGUACAUGAUAGUUUAUGUAAUGUCAUAGAAAGA